AUGUAUGACGUAGUGUUGCAGAUAUGUCAUGCUAGUACUCGACAAUGGGUGGAGGAUCCAACAAACAAGAGUCCUUUAUAUGCUCGUAAUAGGAUAAGGAUGUCAUUGCAUAACAUUUCAUCACUUAAUGGUAGUGAGAGAAGUGAAAUUCAGUGCACUACAGAUGUUUUAACUGCUGUCACUCUUUUCAUUCUAUAUUCAAGGCUGAGUUGCAGUCAGCUAUAUCAGCAUGCCGAAGAACGCGAGNUACAUGUUGAUAGAUUUUGUCUCCAGUUGUUGAAUCACGUUGUGACAAUCAUGCCUCAUGGAUAUGCAGUGAUUGAUCUAGAAAAUCUCCGCUCAAUGGAAGUAAAAGAUAUUUGCCUUGCUAAGUGUGUUGCUUUGUUAUUGCAGUUUGUUUCACAAAGACAUAAGCCAGUUCGAGGGAGCGCAAUGAAAUUGAUAAUUAGUUACCUUUCUACUUUCCCCUGCAAGACUUCUCUAGAUGUAGCGUGUUGUUAUCUCUGUCCAGCUCCAGGAUCCAAAGGAACUAAGGUCGUAUUAUGCUGCUCUGUUGGUUCAGCUUUGCCUAUAACGAUGAAGUUGUGUGAAGAAGGGCAGUAUUUUUCUGGUAUUAGCGACUUAGACGAGAUUAUAACAGAGAGC